AUGGGGGCCCCCUGCAGGAGUCCCUUGGAGGGGCCCCCCGGAGGGGGCCCCUGGAGGGGCCCCCUGGAGGGGCCCCCUGGAGGGGCCCCCCUGGAGGGGCCCCCUGGGAGAGCUCCCAGGAGAGGGCCCCUGGGGGCCCCUAUAAAGAUCGCCAGCAGCAACAGCAGCGCCUCCAGCAGCAGCUGCUGCAGCAGCUGCACCAGCAAUAGCAACUGCAGCAACGGCGCUGCUGCAGCAGCUGCUGCAGCCACUGCAGCAGCACCUGCAGCAGCAAAAAGGACAAAACCGGAAGCGGCAGCAGCUGCUGCAGCAGCAGCGCCUGCAACGGCAGACAGCAGCAGCAGCAGCGGCACCUGCCACACCAGAAGCACCUGCAGCAGUAGCAGCAGCAGAUAUGUAGCAGCAGCAGGUGCGGCAGCAAUAGCAAUAGCAGCAGCUGCAGCAGCAAGAGCAACAGCACCUGCAACAGAAGCAGCAGCAGCAGCAGCAGCAGCAGCAACGCCAGCGGCAGCAACAAGAUUGGCAGCAGCAACGCCUGCACCUGCAGCAGCAGUACGGGGAGCAGCAACAGAAACCCCUGCAGCAGCAGCAACAGCAGCAGCAACAGCAGCAGCAGCAGCGCCUGAACUAAUACCAGCACCUGCCGCCCAAGCUGCACCUGCAGCAGCAGCAGCAGCAGCAGCAGCAACACUCGCAGCAGCAGCGGCAGCAGCAGCAUCUAUAGCAGCAGCUACUGCACUCGCACCUGCGUCAGUACCUGCAGCAACAGCAGCAGCAGCACCUGCAGCAGCAGCAGCAUCGGGUGUAGCAGCAGCAGCAGCUGCGGCGACAGGAGCACUUACGGCAGCAGCAGCUGCUGCAGCUGCAGCAGCAGCAGCAGCUGCUGCAGCAGCUGCAGCAGCAGCAGCAGCAGCAGAGGAAGAUGAUGAUGCAUUACUUGCUGCGGUUUGCUGUUGUCUGCCUAUCUCUGAUUCUCUUUACCCUCAUGUUUCUGACUGCACCAACAGUGCCGCUGCAGCAGCAGCAGCAGCAGCAGCAGCAGCAGCAGCAGCAGCAGCAGCAGCAGCUGUUUGCGGCAGCUGUGCAGACCCUUGA